CUCUCCAAUAUUCCCAAAAUACCCCUCACUCCUCUAUAUAUAUAUAACCCCCCUUCUCUACCUCCCUAUGUAUGCAUAUAUAUUUGAGAUCACGUCACACACAUACAUAUACAUAUACAUAUUUACGAAGUCACGCUGACGUAACGUACGUGCGUAGAAGGUGUUAAGAAACGUACGUGCUCUACUAACCAUGCAGAGUUACGGAGAGGUGGCGGUGGAGCAGAUGGCGAGGGAGGGGGCGGUGGUGGUGUUCAGCGUCAGCACGUGCUGCAUGUGCCACGCAGUGAAGCGCCUCUUCUGCGGCAUGGGGGUGCACCCCACUGUCUACGAGCUCGACCACCACCCCCGCGGUCCCGACAUCCACCGCGCCCUCACGGGCCUCCUCCUCUCCUCCUCUGCCUCUGCCUCUGCCUCCUCAAUCGGUGACGGCGGUAACGCUUCGUUGCUCCCCGUCGUGUUCAUCGGGGGGAAGCUCGUGGGGGCUAUGGACAGUGUGAUGGCCUCGCACAUCAACGGCACCCUCGUCCCGCUUCUUAAAGAAGCCGGGGCGCUCUGGCUCUAAUUUCUAUAUUAUAUAUGAAAGCAGAAGCCAAACUCCUUAGCUCCAGCUAAGUAACAAAAUAUAAAAGAAAAAAUAUUCUAUCAGACACGUCUUAUUCAGUCACUUCCAUGCACGCACCCUUUAGCUAUCAAUCACCCUCAAAUAUCACUCAAUUCGAAUAAGUAUAAAAAAUUUAUUAUAUUGUGAUGUUUGAUGAUGAUACAUUAAUAAGGGUAGGUCUUAGUGAGACGUGUCUGAUAGAAUUUCUUUUUCCUAGCUAACUAAUUAAUAAUAGUGUGGUUUAUAUUUGAAAAAUAUGUGAAAUUACCGGUUAAAAUCCUUAUGAAAAGUUGGUAUUUGUAUGCGCACUCCUGUAAAACUUUGGUUGUUUCCGAGCCUAUCAUGUUAAUUUAGUAGUAUUUACAUAACUUUUAAUUUACAUAGAUAUCCAAGAGUUCAUAAGCAAGGAUUUUAAGGGUUACGUACGUAAAUACCAACUUUGAGUAUUUCUGCAAUUUCGCAUAUUUGGAUAGCGCAUAUAUGCGAAUAUAUAUAUAGAGAGAGAGAGAAAGAGAAAGAAGAGAGAAGAGAUGUAGUGAGAGGGGGAGAGAGAGAGAGGGGCCCUCCCAUGCAUUUUGGGUACAAACAUGGAGUAGGGUAUGUUGUUUUGUGAGUUUUAAUUUCUUUUUCUUUUUUUUUUCUUUUAAUUUACUUUUGUUUUCAUUGAUCUUCUCUUGUGGUCUUUGAGUGUUAGUUAUUUGAUGUUGGGGUUUCUAGUUUUGUUUGUUUGAGAUAUAGAGUGUGGGUUUAAUUAAAUUGAUGCUUUUUUGUGUGAAUGAUGAUGCAUGUAUAGUGGGGGAAAAGAAAAAAGUCAAUGAAAGAAAAAGAAGUUGC